CGUGUGCCCGCCAUUGCCCAGCUAUCUUCCCCUUCCUUGUCUGCUCUGGCAUCUCAGGGCGCGUCCUGCAUCUGCCCCCUCCGGCGCUGCCGCCGUGCCGCUAUCUCCGUCACUGGGCGACAGGCGACGCUGGAAUUCCGCCAUCCAUACCUAUCCCCAACAAGGGCCUGACGCCCUCCCGCGCUCUUCCAGCACUCGCCACUCCAUGGCUCCCUAAUCGACCGCAAUGUGCGCCAAAUCGCCUGAAUCGCCCUGACGAUCCGAGUCUCCUCCUCUGAGCACACCACCCAUGUCCCGCGCAGUCUCGAGCCCCUCAGCCAUUGCAGCCCAUGGCGACUGACCGAACAUGGGCCUGCCGUCUCUGUCCUUCGUCGCGGGGCUGCUCCUGCUGGCCUACCUGUCCUCCUUCGUGCUCUUCGCCUUUAUCCGCGUCGUCACCGGCGUCUCCAUCCAGCGAUUGGGCUACGCCGGCCUGCGACGCAUUGCCUUCACUCCCAAGGACGGCCUCCGAAUCGAGCUUCGCGGCAUCAAGCUUACCCUCCACCGCCCGACCUUCGCACAACCAACAUGGCUCAGCGUGGUUCUGACCGAGCUGAAAGUCACCGUGGACUUGAGACCAUUGGGGGACAAGCCGAGAAAGCGGCACAACGGGUGGACGCAUUGGUCCAAUGGCUCUGCGGAGAAGGACGGCGGGAACACCUCGUCCUCGUCCGAGCCGUCCACAGAGGAAGACACUCAGGACGACCCCGGGGAAUUGGACAGUCAGAGGAGUAGGACCUGGGAGACUUUGACCAAGGCCAAGGAGAAGAUAAAGCGCCUGCACCGGAAGAUCAAAUGGAUACGGCUGGUCGAUUUGGUCGCGUCGACGUCUACCCUCGUUAUCGUCGACGUGGGGUCUAUACAAGUGGGGAACUUCACAAUGGCAGUGGACACACGACGCAAGACGGUGGAUCGGACUCGACUAUUCCAACACCAGAAGUCUGGCACCAAGGGCCAAAGCCCUGCCGAAUGGAUUUUUACUGUUCGGAGCAUUCUCUUUACACCGGAAGGCAAAGACUCGACCGAGGUCCUGGAUCACUGCACCCUGAACGUCCACGGCCUGUUGUAUCAAGAGCUCGAUGGCCUCCGAGAUGCCUCAAUCGCCCUGAAGCUAGGCCGCCUCAGUCUCCCAUACGAUGACAUCAAAAACAGCAUGGAUCGAGCAAAGGUCUGCCGCAUCAAUCACGGACAUGCACACUCUGUUGAACCGGACAUUUCCUUUGUUGAUGUCAUGGAAGAGCUGGACCAGCCUGGAAGUCGGGAAGAAAAUAUCGUGCGCACUGUUUCUGAUUCCAAGGAAUUCGCGGCUUCAAUUCUCCGUGGCAUCCAGGAAAUCCAAUUUGCCGUCAGCUUCUUCGGCUUAACCAAGGAAAUUCAGCCGCUCCAAUGUGACGACGAUUCUCCAAUGUGGAUGAAUAUUUCUAUGAAGGAAGUCGGCAUGGACUUGUUGCGCCUCGACCCCCGAAGCCCAGCCCAUCUAAUGUAUUUUUCCCGCAACGACAUCGCUCACCAGGCGCUCAUUGCUGCUAUUUCUAUCUCGGUUGGCAUCGAUGAUGGAAAGCAUCCCGAACGUCUGCUGUACGUGCCCAUGGCAACUACUACCGUCAACACCACCCUGCCUUCUAAGACGCUUCAAUUCUCAAACGAAAAGAAUGUCGCCGAGAGGAACACUAACAUUCUUUUUGCCAACCUUGUCGUCACUUCGCCUUCUUUCGACUUUGAUCCGAAACAUCUUCCCCUCCUUACCGCAUUCUUGCACGGCUCGAAACAUCGACCGAGGCCUCCUGCGCGGCACCACAAACGUCACCUUCUUUCUCGUCUCCUCCCGAAAGCUAACAUCAAGAUAUCCAUUCAUGAACCUGUGAUUCGUGUCACGCUCCCACCAAUGGAACCUGAGAAGAAAGGCACCGACGAAUUUGAUCUCUUAAUCUUCGCCAUGUCUUCGGCAUCUCUCGACGUUGAGUCAUCCCAUUCAGCAGAUGGAGACCUCCAUUACUCGCUCCUGUCCACCUUCCGGGUCAACUCAAACCAGCUAUACUACCAGACCGCUUGCAGCGAGAAGCACAAUCUGCUCUUGAUUGACGGUCUUGAGUUAAAACUCCAGCUCAGCGCAUCUCCCGAGGUCGUGGUGGUGAUAAACGGCAAUCUACAGACCUUUUCGCUCUAUAUGGUAAGGCCAGAGAUCAGCGAAGGGCUUCAUCAAAUCGUCGCGCAACUCCAAAGCGAUAUGGUUCGGAAACGAAGGGCCCCAAUCCGGCACAAACAAGCAAACUUCCUACGCAGGUGGCCUGCCUGGCUGCUCCACGCAAGCUUCCAAGGCUCAGACUUCAACUUCGAAGUCGCCGGGGUAGACCCAGAAGUCUCCAAGCAUGCACGAGGAUUCGCCCUGCACCUCGAAUCAUGGACUGCAGAGUACAAACAAAACAAGGCAGACGAUACCGAUGCUCGACCCCAGAGACGACGAGCUCCGAGCCGAACCAUCAAUCGCGACGACUACCUACUCAGACCGUCGGCACCUUCGUCCCCGCGCAGAAAGGUUGGCGACAGCACCGACGGUAGACGUCUUGCUCUGCAUUGGCAUGGCUUAGAAGGGUUUGUCAUGGAGGGGGCAGAUACUUGGGAAGUGGAACCAUUUCUUUCGUUGCCUCGGAUGGAGGUUGCAUUCACGACAUCGACCGACAAACAAGGCCCCGUAUUCCACGUCAACUCCUUCGCCAAAAGCCUCUACCUUCACUACUCACUCUAUCGUCAUUUCUCCGUGGGAGUGGCAGGUCUUGUCCUUCGGAGAACUUUCUUCCGCCAACCAGCGCACUCGAAUGGUUUGCCAACUACCCCGGGGGCCGUUAGACAUCUUGCUGUGCCGUCGGUAGAUGGCGACGCCGUUGAUCCAGCCACUGGAAAAAGGCCCGAGAUUGUCGCCUUGGAUUUCAAGGCCACGUUUGUCCAAGUGAAGGCCGACAUGCCAUCUGAUCCACCACUCAUGCUUCAAAUACAUAGCCUCGAGGCAGGUAGACACCGGUGGGCGAACCCGUUUCUGAGUUCACGUCUUGUGCGGCUCUAUACCGAAACUCCGAACAUCAAGAAGGUGUGGAGCCGCUUCGUCAGCAUCAAGACCCUACGACUAGAUUACCGACAACAGAAACGCAAAUACGGCACCACUGUAUCAGAAGACAAGUCGUUUGAUAUCGUUACCGAUGCAAUCCGACUUGCAGUCCCACAUCAGUUAGUGCUUCACGAGGUAUUUGACAAUAUCACGAAUAUUGUAAAGACAACGGAACAGCUUCACCAUCGAUUCCAGACGGGUAGCAGCGACUACAUGCUUGACAAGCCUCCACAAGGCCCUAAGCAUGUGCCAAAAGUCUCACUUCGAAGUCAAGCCCUUCUUUUUGAAAUCGAGGACGGCUCAUUUGACUGGAAAUUAGGAGUCAUCUACCGGCUUGGGCUGCUAGAGCAGAAGCAAAGACUUGCCAGAGAAGAAGCCUUCUGCCUGAAGCUCAAGAAACUCCAAGCUGAGGAUGAAAGAUCAGAAAAUUCUCGGCGUCGAGCAAAGUCGGCCCAUCAAGCCCGUGGGAGGAGUAAGCUUCGAAAAGAAAAAGAGUCCACCGUUCGCCAUCAAAGCGAAGGUCGUAGCGACCGUGAAUCACCGGAGGAAUCCAAAGGAAAAGAUCGAUUCAUGCGCUACAACAACGAAGCUCUUGCUGGACUCUCUGGCAAAUCGAAAACUACGGCCCAGCAUGCGCGAGAGAGGCUGGAUCGAUUGAACGCCCAGACAUGGAAGAAGAGGGUCGACCAUGGUAUGAGCAGCCAAAACAGGGCCAUGCAAGACAUUCGUUCGAUAUUCUGGGGUCUCGACGAACUGCCGGAUGAUAUUGAGCAAAAGGAGACUAUCAUGGCUAUACCUCAACGUCCCGCUUUGAUGGCACUCAUAAUCAGCGACGUGGAAAUUACUCUCGAUAAGCCUUCUUUCCCUGUACAAGAAUAUCCCAAGUUCCUUAAUCGAAUCGGAAAGGGGAUGCCAUUCGACAUGCAGUACUCACUCCUGAUACCAACGCACGUCAAAAUCAGCAUGGGGGAGGCAAGGGUGACGCUGAGAGAUUACCCGCUGCCAUUUCUGCAUGUUCCCGCGAUUCGAUCUGGACAAUCUCCAAGGUUGCCGAGCUUGUUUAUGGAAACGGACUUCGUCAUCGCAGAAGAAUACAGGGACGUUGAAUCCUCUCGAACCCUCCGAAUUGUGGUUGUCCCUCCAGAAAAGGAUGACAAUGGCGAAGACACGGGUGGCUUUGCGGUCAAUGUCAGGCGUACUGUGGCUCCCGUCAAAACAUACUCCGACAUGAAUAUCGAGAUCAACUCCGGCUAUCCCACCCGUAUUACGUGGGGCACGUCAUAUCAGCCAGCAAUCCAGGAUAUGAUGCAAGUCAUUGAAGGGUUCACCAAGCAAGCAAUUGAUCCCUCAGAGCGAGUCGGCUUCUGGGAUAAAAUUAGGCUAACGUUCCAUUCACGUAUGAAUGUUGUUUGGAAAGGAGAUGGCGACGUUCAUCUCAUACUCAAGGGCUCUCGAGAUCCUUAUUCGGUCACUGGCCAAGGUGCUGGCUUUGUGAUGUGUUGGCAGAACGAUGUCCGCUGGAGCAUAUGCCAAGACCCAGAUCCGAGGAACUUCAUGAUCGUCAACAGCGGUGCCUACAUCUUGGCUAUUCCCGACCUCGGCCAUUAUGCAAGGCAGGAAGCUAAUCCGGAUGGCCAAAGUUCUGAAAGCGCUUCGAGCAUCUCGAGCUACAAGCAGAAUGCUGUUUUCAGGAAAACUGUGAUGAAACUAAGCGGAAACGUCCGCUGGAUGUCGGGCCUGGUUUUCGAGAGAAAUGUGGACGAGGGAGGACGGUCAUUUGAUUUCAUACCACAUUACGAAGUGGUGCUGAAGCAUCCUGAUCAUGCGAAGCCAUCGAAUGGAAAGGUAUAUGACGCUUUCCGGGGAUUCCGCAGUCAACAUAUCCACAUGUCUGUGGCGGUAUCAGCUCCACAAGAUCGCGAAUGGACCGUGUCGAAUCUUGAGCCAUCAAAAAAUUACAAUAGCGUGCAUCUCACCCCUCGCUUCUUCACCCACUUCUUCAGCUGGUGGUCUAUGUUUUCCGGUGUCAUGUCGCUGCCCAUCCGACAAGGCAAGCUCUGGCCAGGCGUCGAAAAGUCAAGCAAGAAGUUUGGUCGGCAUCUCGCUACGAUCAAGUAUAGCCUCUUACUGUCUCCCCUGUACAUGAGCCACAUCUACAAGCACAAGGAUGCCGAGGACUAUGGUUCUGGCGUUGUGUCAGCGACAGGACUGAAAGUGCGUCUUGAUAGCUUUAUGCUUGAUCUUCAUCAACGCCGUGAAGAAUUUCGCACUCAAGUCGAAGCGCCGAAAGACCAGGAAAAUUUGAACCAGAACCAGACCACUGGCAUGAGGAUUAACCAAGCUCAGCUAGAUUUCAUUUCGGCUGACGUGAGAGCCGUUUCGGCCAGCAUCAACGGCACCAACAAUUCCGAUCUGGAUACAGCCACCGAAGAGAUGCUUGUCUCAUACCAAGACGAUCACCCAAGCGCGGAUCUUGCCAAAUUCACUAUCCCUGACAAUGAUUGGGGCUGGGUUGAUAUGGACGAUUUCGUAGAGCUCGGCUGGAUACUGCCAGCAGACCGAAACCCGGAAACGAAAAUCCUACCUCUUGCAUUUGCUCCACGGUUCACGUACUUUCGUCAAACAGACCACCAAGACCACAUCUCUGGUGACAUACAUCGGUCGAGUCCCUUCGGUCAUGAACCUAGUCAUCACUGCGUCAUGUCGGCGAGAAAUGACCCUCGGAGGGUGCAGUGCGGCCUGAUUGAACUGCGCCUCAAAAAGGUCAGCGAGCAAUUCGAACACAAUCAGCGCGCUCUUGACGAUCAAGAGUUGAGAAUCGUCAAGGAGCCUGACGAGAAACAAGAAGAAGCACAACGACGUCUCAACCUAUUGCGCGAGCACAACGUUACCCUCCAAAGGAAGCAAGCUUUGUUGCAGUCAAUGUAUGACAGCCUUGUACAACGACUCCAGGAGAAUGACCUACGCGCUUCUGCUGAUGCUAGAGAUGAUCCAGGAGAGGAAGAAUUUUAUGAGGCCCGAGAAGAUUACUACGACAUGGAUCCAGACGCCAAAGGGCUUGACUCCGCUCCACUAGCAGAUUAUAUCAGUGACUUCAACAACAGGUUCAUCAUCCACAAUGCCCACCUAAAAUGGAGCAACUCUCUUCGAAAUAUCAUUCUGCGAUACAUCCACCAAGUCAGUCAGCGAAGAGGUUUCGUGUACUACAUGUCUAGAAGAGCCGUCAAGUUUAUUCUCGACAUCGUAGAAGAGCAGAAGAAGUUCAAUCAACCAGCAGGGGCACCAACCACUCCCGGCACUACUUCCAGUUUUCCUCUAUCUCCCCAGGAGGACGAUGACCUCAACAUCCAGGAUCGUGUUGACCAGCUCCUUCAAGAUGGGAAGAAAUUCGUGGCCGCGAACGACCCAGUCACAGCAGAGGGUAGCAAACCAGCCGGUAGCGGGGGCCAUAUGGGGGACGAUAUUGCACUUGAAUUUACCGCACAGAAUACAUACCACGUUCGUCUCAUCGCGCCCCAAAUUCAACUUCAGAGCGAGAAGAACACGAAAGCCGCUGUACUAGUUACCGCCAAAGGAAUGCAAUUGAAGGUCAUCCAGAUCAUGGACAAGGAUCGAGUCACGGACGAUGUCAGCGGGCUCGUGCAGCGUCGAUUCUCGGCAGCCAUGGAUAGCUUGCAGAUCUUUGUUACGAAUGCGAAGACCUUCACCACCGAGGACCUCCACAUGUAUUCCGGUAGCACAUACGGCACACCAGCUGGGUCGUCCUGGCCACCAUGGGUUCCCUUCGAAGUCAUGUUCGAAUUCAAUACUAAUCCAUACGGCUUCCAAAGAGUCGUCCAGAGGACUUCCGCAAGUAUGCGAUUCGACAAGUACAACACUCUGCGUCUCAAGUACAAUGACGAUGUCUCGGGUGGUGAUACUGGCCCAGCGAAAAGCCCGGACACGCUUGAACAGCGCAUCGAUCAUCUCUGGAUUGACUUUCCCCAUGUGCGUGCGCUCUGCAACUCCACGCAGUAUUACGCCAUGUACAUCAUCGUUCUUGAUCUUCUUCUCUAUAGUGAGCCUCUGGAAAAAACGAGGAGUGAACGAUUAGAAAAGAUCAUGCUUGCCUCGGACUUCAGCGAUCUCAAAGGAGCGCCCGAGAUGGUCAUCAGUUUGCAGGAGAGGAUUCGCCAGCUCGAGGAGAUCAAGAUGCAUUUCCAGGUGAACGAGAAGUACCUGGACCGGCAAGGGUGGAGAGAUCGCAUUACCAUGGAAGCGGAUCUAGCCGUCUGUGAGGACGAGUUGUUCUUCAUGAUGAAAGCCAUAACGACUUCCCAGCGGAAGAUGGAUGAUCGAAGUCAAGGUAAGCAGUCUAAUGGCCUUCUGCGGUGGUACAUAUCAGCUUCCGAGAUUGUCUGGCACCUUCUCAAGGAGAACCAAGAGUCUCUUGCGGAGUUUCAGCUGAAGAAUGCUCUCUACGAUCGGACCGACAAUAACGACGGAUCCAACCUCAAUUCCAUGGAGAUCGAACGAAUCCAUGGACUCAACCUACUCUCAUAUGCGCUUUACCCCGAGAUGAUUGCGCCAUACAUUGACAACAACAGACCUUUCGCCGAAGGCCGAGACACCAAGAUGUUAAGAGUACAUUGGCUCAUGCUCGAGGCUAUCGCCGGCAUACCUGUCAUGGAUCAUUUCGAAGUCAAUCUCUUCCCUCUAAAGCUGCAGCUCGAGCAUGAAAUUGGCAAAAAGCUCUUCGAGUACAUCUUCCCUGGCAGCAAGAACGAUGCCUCGCCAUUCUUGGUGAAACACAUGUUACCCGCACAAGAAGAAGAAGAUGAGACUGAGAUCGGACGCGGCGCACCUUCGCAACGCUCAUCAAACUCACAGAGCCUCAGUUCCGAACUUACGAAGAACGGCGAUGGCGGUGCGGGGUCUCUAGAGCUACGCCUCCAGCCGACCUUGAACCUCGAACCAUCCAAACCAAGGACAGCCAAAACUACUUUCUCUCGACCAAAGUCUUCUGGCCACGGCGCUCGCCCUAAUCCCCAUCACCUCCGUCUUUUCAGAGAAAGCGCGCGUUCUGGCUCCGCAAUGAACUUGGGCAGAUCCUGGCACCCUAACCGCGAUAUGUCUUCGGACAACUUGUCCUUGGCCUCUCGCCCGGGCAGUAUUCGCAGCAACUCAAAUAUGUCCGUCGCCACGAACUCAGAAUCCGACCACGCCCCAAAACGCUUCACGCUGCACCGCUCCACCACCGCCAGCAGCAAAACCGCCAGCAGCAAAGACAAAGCUGCCCGCUCAGACGACAUCACACAAAUGAUGGAGCGCGCGUCUUCCUACAUGACCCUAGCCUACGUCAAGAUCCCCAGCAUGGUGCUCUGCCUCUCUUACAAGGGCAAAGGCCAGCGCAACUUCGAAGAUGUCCACGACCUUGUGUUCCGCAUGCCAACUCUCGAAUACCGCAACAAGACAUGGUCGAACCUCGAUCUCGCCCUCCAACUUAAAAAAGAUGUCAUCCGCGCCCUCAUCUCUCAUACCGGCGCCAUCAUCGGGAACAAGUUCAGCCGCCAUCAACCCACGCGCCAACAGCAGAGCCGCCUCCGCCAAAUCGCGAAUAGCAGUACCCUCCUGAAUACCUCCCCCGACCUCUCUGGCACUUCUGAGAACAAUUCAAUGCUCGAUGACAUCAGCGACGCCAGCGGCGAGACCAACGGCCCGCGUCGCAGCUUCACCUCUGGUCGGGGCAGCGUGAAAAGCCAGUCCGCAAGCCAGGCGGAGAGCUACGAUUCCUCCGCGCACAGCCUCGCGCGGCGGCCUGGAUCCAGCCGUAGUGUCAACGCGCUGGGUAUCGAGGCCGAGGGCAUGAACUUUGCGGACGAGCUGGGGCGGGUGGAUCAGACGGAGCCGGAGCGGGCGGGCGUGCGGGGGAAUUUGAGCAGGCAUCUCACGGGUAUGGGCAUGGGCGGGGCGGGGCGGAUUAGGAGCAUGAGUGUGAAGAGCGGCGGGACGACUGGCACGAGGGAGGAGAGGGAGGGGGGCGAUGAGAGCGAGGACACGUGAGUUAUGGCCGUUUUCCGUGUGGUGUCGAAUGCAUCUAAUGUAGAGU